CAUCCUCACCCUUGUGCACAGACACACACAAAAAGUUUCCUCUGAGGUAAAAGGGAUUUUUUAAUUUCUCAUUUAGCCUUGCCUCAGUUUGCGGAGCACUCGGGAGAGAAGUUGAGACAUUUUUUGGGAAAAGCAUUCUUCCACCUGUGUUCAUAAUCCUCAUCCAGGGUAUCCGUGUGGGGGGGGGGGCGACAGGCUUUUGUGUGUCCGUGGCCCUGCUGGUGUUUUUGGUGGACCUUUUGAGCCUUUUUAUUUCUAUUUUUCCUUUUCUUUUUUUUUUGUCCUGGGAAUAAAAUAUUCUGCUGGAGAUAUUUUUCCUGUGGUGAUACCCAAAUCCUACGGAGGGGAAAUCUGGAAAUGAAGAGAGUCCUCUGCGUGCUUAUUGGCGUAUGGCUGGUUGCUGUUGACAGGACAGAUCUGGUGCGUGGAUAUUCUAUGACCCCGCCUGUUCUUGACAUCUCAGCUGAUGAACUUGUGACUAACGCCAAUGACACACUAACUAUCACCUGCAGGGGACAGAGGCCCCUGCAGUGGUUGUGGCCAGGAGGCAGCAUAGAAUCUGACACAAACAACAAGGACUCAGAAUUGUCUGAGAUCACCAACAGCACUCGUAGUGUUAUAGUGGAGGAUUGUGACGGCACUUCUAGCAAACCGUACUGCAAGCUGCUCCGAAUAACGGGUUCCCGUUCCACUGACUCCGGGUCUUACUGCUGCCACUACAAAUAUGUUGAUGCAAAGGUCAAGGGCUCCACUGCCGUCAGCGUCUACGUCUUUGUGAGAGACUGGGAGCAACCAUUCAUCAACCCAAGUGGGACUCUAGAAAUAAACAGCGAAUUUACCAGAGUUCCGUGCCAAGUAUCCAUCCCAGACCUCAAUGUUACUCUAAAAACGCCAAUCUCAGUCAUCGCUCCAGAUGGGAAGAGUGUCUCAUGGGACAAUAAGGAAGGGAUGUUGGUCCCUGCCGACUGGAUAAGGGAUACGCUUUUAGUUCAGUGUAUGACUGUAAUCAAUGGGAAAGAGUUUCUAUCAAAUUAUUUUGUUGUCCACUUCACAGGUUAUCGUUUCUAUGAUAUGUACCUUUCUCCCAAGGACACAGUGGAGCUGCUCAUUGGCGACCAACUAGUCCUGAACUGCACGGUGACUGCCGAGUUUAAUACGGCAGUCGACUUUAACUGGGACUAUCCUGGCAAAAAGCUGAAACGUCCUGUGAUAGAGCACUCUGGUCGUCUGCCGCUAAAAGACCACACUGAGAUGUACAGCACCCUUACUGUGCCCGCUGUUAACGAAUCGGACCUCGGAAAGUAUGUGUGCCAUGCCAAAAGCGAGACAUGGCAGCACCAGAAGAGCAACGAGGUCAUUGUGCACGAGAACCCCUUCAUUGCUGUGGAGACUCAAGAUGGCAUGGUUAUUGAAGCAACAGCUGGCGACAAGAUGAUAAAUUUGGCAGUUAAAGUUUCAGCCUACCCAACACCUGCUUUCCAAUGGUUUAAAGAUGGAAAGCUGAUAACGGUGAGCAGCACUUACGGAAAAAUGUCACUACACUCUCUGCAGAUCAGGAACGUGGCGGAACACGAUGCUGGCAGAUAUACACUCAUACUGAGGAAUGAGCAGGCUGGCUUGCUUCAGCAGGUGAAUGUACGACUGGUAGUGAAUGUUCCCCCACGGAUCCACGAGAAGGAGACAUCUUCCCCAAAUAUUUAUGCCCAAGGUAUUCGCCAUGUUCUGACCUGCACUGUGUUUGGGGUACCCGCACCAACAUCCAUCCAGUGGCAGUGGCGACCGUGGAUGCCAUGCAAGAUGUAUACACGUCGCAGUGUAGCCCGUCAAAGAUCCUCUCGUAGGCAUCAACGGGACCGAAUGCCUGAGUGUAAAGACUGGAAGGACGUGACCCUGGAUGGUGAAUAUAACGACAUUGAAACCAUAGAGACUUGGAGCGAGUUUGUGGAGGGGCGGAAUAAGACAGUGAGCAAGCUGGUGAUACAAAAUGCAAAGGUUUCUAUCAUGUAUAAAUGCUCCGCUUCCAACAAGGCUGGGAGAGAUGAGAGACUCGUCUAUUUCUAUGUGACAACAAUUCCAGAUGGCUUCCGCAUUGAUCCCCAGCCUUCAGAGACCCCUAUAGAAGGUCAGAACCUCAAUCUGAGCUGCCACGCGGAUAACUACACAUAUGACAACCUGCAGUGGUACCGGCUGAACCUGCUCACCCUACAUGAUGCUGAGGGAAACCCGCUUGUACUGGAAUGUAAGAAUGUGCACCAGUUUGCCGCUCGUAUGAAAGGGGAACUGAUGCACCAGACAGGAUCCAAUACUGCAGCCCUGGUACUCAAUAUUCCCAAUAUAUCACCGGAUGAUGAGGGAGACUAUGUCUGUGAGGUUCAAAACCGCAAAACCCGGGAGAAACACUGUCAGAAGAAAUAUAUAUACGUGCUUGCACAGGAAGCCCCAAACUUGCAGUAUAACCUGACUGAUAAGAUGGUGAACGUCAGUGACUCCAUGAUUAUGCGCUGUAAGGCUGAUGGAACCCCAAGUCCCAACAUCCUAUGGUACAAAGACAACAAGCUGGUGGAAGAGGUCUCAGGUAUAGUCCUGGGAGAACAGAACCAGACCCUGAGCAUCCAACGAGUGAGAGAAGAGGACGCCGGGCUCUAUCUCUGCACGGCCUGCAACGGGAAGGGAUGUGUCAACUCCUCAGCCAUCGUGUCUGUUGAAGGGUCUGACGAUAAGACCAAUGUGGAGAUUGUGAUUCUCAUUGGCACUGGUGUAAUUGCUGUCUUCUUCUGGAUCCUCCUCAUCCUUAUCUUCUGUAAUAUCAAGAGGCCCAGCCAUGGAGAUAUAAAGACCGGCUACCUGUCCAUCAUCAUGGACCCUGGAGAGGUGCCCCUGGAGGAGCAAUGCGAAUAUCUUCCUUAUGAUUCCAGCAAGUGGGAGUUUCCAAGAGACAGACUGAGACUUGGCAAAGUCCUGGGUCAUGGAGCCUUUGGCAAAGUGGUCGAGGCGUCAGCUUUUGGGAUCAGCAAGAGCAGUAGCUGUGAGACCGUGGCGGUGAAGAUGUUAAAAGAGGGCGCCACCGCCAGUGAGCACAAAGCUCUGAUGUCAGAGCUGAAGAUUCUCAUUCACAUUGGAAACCAUCUCAACGUAGUCAACUUACUGGGGGCUUGUACAAAACCCAAUGGUCCCCUUAUGGUUAUUGUGGAAUUCUGCAAAUACGGCAACCUUUCUAAUUAUCUGAGGACCAAGCGGGAUGGAUUCAUUCCUUACCGGGAGAGAUCCCCGCGAUCGCGCAGUCAGGUCCGCUCCAUGGUGGAGGUGGUGAUAGCUGAUAGGAUGAGCAGAGAAGAAGUCAAUGAAGGCAUUGUUUUCGGCAGGAUCUUGAUGACCAAUAAGAGCCAUAAAGCCACAGACUUGAAAGACUUGUGGCAAAGCCCUCUAACUAUGGAAGAUCUGAUUUGCUAUAGCUUCCAGGUGGCCCGCGGCAUGGAGUUCCUGUCUUCUAGAAAGUGUAUUCACAGAGACUUGGCUGCCAGGAACAUCCUAUUGUCUGAGAACAAUGUUGUAAAAAUCUGUGACUUUGGUCUGGCCAGAGAUAUUUACAAAGACCCUGAUUACGUCAGGAAAGGAAGUGCACGCCUGCCUCUGAAGUGGAUGGCACCGGAGAGUAUAUUUGAUAAAGUCUACACCACUCAGAGUGAUGUCUGGUCCUUUGGGGUGCUGCUGUGGGAGAUCUUCUCACUGGGUGCCUCUCCUUAUCCUGGUGUUCAGAUUAAUGAGGAGUUCUGCCAGCGCCUGAAGGAUGGAACACGCAUGCGGGCACCAGAAUAUGCAACAACAGAUGUGUACCGUAUCAUGCUCAGCUGCUGGCACGGAGAUCCCAAGGAACGGCCGAUAUUUACUGAUCUGGUGGAAAUCCUGGGUGACUUGCUACAAGAGAAUGUACAACAGGAAGGAAAGGACUAUAUCCCUCUGAAUGAUUCCCAGAGCUCAAAUGAACUGGACCUGUCUCAGUCUCCGAUCUGCCCGCAGCAUAACUCUGAUGAGGAAGAGUGCGACAUGCGGCUGCACUGCCAUAACCUGGCUGUAAGAUACUACAACUGCGUUUCAUUUCCUGGCUGCUUCACCGGGGGCAACCAAAUCCACUGCCCAUCACGGCUGAAAACAUUUGAAGAGUUUCCAAUGACAAACGUAACUCAUAAAGGACACACGGACAAUCAGACAGACAGCGGGAUGGUACUGGCUUCAGAGGAACUGGAGAGGAUAGAGAACAGACACAGAACAGAUGGCGGAUUCAGCAGUAACAAUACGCAUAGAAACAAGGAAAUAGUGUCAGGCUGCUCAUCCCUUCAGAACAGGAGUCACCCAUCAUACCCAUCAUAUAGUGGAGGGCAGACUUUCUACAACAGUGAAUAUGGAGAGCUGUCGGAACACUCAGAGGGGGACAGCUUCACACCUCCCGGGGGCUCCGGCAGCCCCGGCCUUAUCCAUGCCUCUUUCUUCUCUGAAGAAAUCUGAGGACUCUUCAACUGGAAAAAAGGCCCUUAGAUGCCUACACUUUCCCUCUUAAUAUACGUACAUGGAACACUCAGCUAUACCACAGAGAAGGAAAAUGGCCGCCUGUCUGCCCCACACAGGCCAAGCCAGAUAUACUCUGGACUAUUCCGCUUCUGCAGCCGAAGACAAAAAACUGGAGAGUGAAUCACAUUACAAAUAAGGACUAUGAUCCAGUUCAUAGUUAAAUCAAAUAAUAAGAGACAGCAAUGCAGAAAAUAUCCUGUUUCUACAAUGCCGAGAAUUCAAAUAUGGACACGGUUCUAAAGAGAUGAGUUGAAUUCCGUGAGGAAAGUGCAUUCACUAAUGUUUUAUAUUCAGUAUUUAAGUAUUCUAUCUGCAUACUGGGACAUUGGUGAUCUUUUUUAUUUCCCAGGCAGAAUAAUAAUAAUAAAAUAAUGUAUAUCUUCCUAUAAAGCUGUAUUCUAAACUG